AUGGCUAAUCUUUUGCCUUCUUCUCAUGAGGUUGACAUGAAAUUUCUUUCUACAACAAUUAUAUUUUCACUCUCAAUAUUAUUGUUGCUACCAAACACAUCAUAUUCACUACAUCAAAAUCCUAAAAAUCGUAUAAAGACGGCUACUUUUCUAUCUGAAAGUUUUGAAAUGGGACCAGGAUCUAUCGCAGCAAAAACAUUUUUAAAUAUAGAGUUUCCAGAAGGUCAUGUUGGAGUUAAGAGUUUUGAUGCCGAACUAGUUGACGAAGAAGGAAACUCAAUACCUUUAUAUGAAACUUACCUUCAUCAUUGGUUUGCAAUAAAAUAUAUUGAAAAUAUUACUAUGUCACAUGAUCCUAAGCUCCGUCGUACCGAUGAUUUUGCAAUGGAAAGAAAUGAAGGCAUGUGUAAUGAAAAUAUUCUUCCACACUAUUGGGGAUUUGGAGUUGAAUCACGGGGAACAACCUCACAUAUUCCCGAUCCUUUUGCAAUAGAACAAGGUAACCGUAUAAACAUUCCAAAGGGAUAUAAAGAGAAAUGGUUGCUCAACGUCAUGGCGAUUGAUACACGUGGUGCGCAAGAUAAGAAAGGUUGCACUGAAUGUAGAUGUGACCUUAUGAAUCUUCCAAAAGACUUUUAUAAUGUUACAUUGGAUGUGCAUAACCAACCAUUGACUACAAACUAUAAAGGAGGAAUCUUUUGUUGUCAAGAUAACUUACAAUGCAAACAAAGAGAUGGUUUUCAAGGUUCAAAAAGAAAGGUUUCUUUAAGAUACAAAAUAAGUUGGGUUCAUUGGAACAAACACCAAGUUCCGGUUAAGGUUUACAUACUUGAUUCCACUGACAGAGUUAGAUCAAAUGGUUCUCAAAUAAUUCAUGAUUGUCAGGCAGAGUAUACCAUUCCAACAAAUGGUGGUGACGACUCUCUUCAUGUCCAAAAGGCAAACAUCCCAAUGAAAAAAGGAGGUUAUCUCAUUUAUGGUACUACUCAUAUGCAUUCAGGUGUUGUGAAUGCAACCUUAUAUCGACAGAAUGGAGAGACUUUAUGUACUUCAACACCAAAAUAUGGAACAGGAGAUGAGCCAGGAAACGAGAAACAUUAUGUCGUUGGAAUGUCUGUUUGUUAUCCACAACCGGGUUCUAUCAAGGUUCAUGAUGGAGAAAUUUUGACUGUAGAAUCUAGGUAUAAAAACGAGUUCCGUACAGGUGUUAUGGGACAUUUUUACAUCUAUUUGGCGGAAGAGCUACCACAACAAUAUUAA